AUGUCGCUAAAACCUCUUGUGAGAGUGGUUGCUGCUGCCUGUGGCCCGGGUGUCUGUGAGAAGCAGAGUGUUGCUGGAGAGAAAGAUUGUGAGCUCACUCUCAAACCUCGGGCCAAUGGUCUAAGAACUCACACUGAGGAAAAACUCUUUGCGUGUAACCAAUGUGGGAAAUGUUUCACCCGAAAGAACCAUCUUAUUAUACAUGAAAGAAUUCAUACUGGGGAGAAACCCUUUGUAUGUAAGCAAUGUGGGAAAGCAUUUACUACAGCCUCUGCUUGUAAAGUGCAUGAUAGAAUUCACACUGGGGAGAAACCCUUUGUAUGUAAGCAAUGUGGGAAAUCUUUCACUGAAAAAAGUAGCUUUAUUAGACAUGAAAGAAUUCACACUGGGGAGAAACCAUUUGUAUGCAAGCAAUGUGGGAAAGCAUUUCGUACAGCCUCUGCUUGUAAAUUGCAUGAUAGAAUUCACACUGGAGAGAAACCCUUUGUAUGUAAGCAAUGUGGGAAAUCUUUCAAUCGAAAGGGUAACCUUAUUAAUCAUGAAAGAGUUCACACAGGUGAGAAACCCUAUGUACGCAACAAAUGCGGGAAAGCAUUUAGUAAAGCCUCUUCUUGUAAAGUGCAUGAUAGCAUUCACACUGGAGAGAAACCCUUUGUAUGUAAGCAAUGUGGGAAAGCAUUUAGUAAAGCCUCUGAUUGUAAAGUGCAUGAUAGAAUUCACACUGGAGAGAAACCCUUUGUGUGUAAGCAAUGUGGGAAAGCAUUUAGUAAAGCCUCUGAUUGUAAAGUGCAUGAUAGAAUUCACACUGGAGAGAAACCCUUUGUAUGUAAGCAAUGUGGGAAAGCAUUUAGUAAAGCCUCUGAUUGUAAAGUGCAUGAUAGAAUUCACACUGGAGAGAAACCCUUUGUAUGUAAGCAAUGUGGGAAAGCAUUUAGUAAAGCCUCUGAUUGUAAAGUGCAUGAUAGAAUUCACACUGGAGAGAAACCCUUUGUAUGUAAGCAAUGUGGGAAAGCAUUUAGUAAAGCCUCUGAUUGUAAAGUGCAUGAUAGAAUUCACACUGGAGAGAAACCCUUUGUAUGUAAGCAAUGUGGGAAAGCAUUUAGUAAAGCCUCUGAUUGUAAAGUGCAUGAUAGAAUUCACACUGGAGAGAAACCCUUUGUAUGUAAGCAAUGUGGGAAGUCUUUUGUCCAAAAGAACAGGCUUAUUAACCAUGAAAGAAUUCACACAGGGGAGAAACCCUAUGUAUGCAACAAAUGUGGGAAAGCAUUCCAGACUGCAUCAAAAUGUAAAAGACAUGAUAGAACUCACACUGGGGAGAAACUCUUUAAACCUUAUGUAUGCAACAAAUGUGGAAAAGCAUUUAGUACAGUCUCUUCUUGUAAAGUGCAUGAUAGAACUCACACUGGGGAGAAACGCUUUGGAUUGGUUCUUCCAGAGGACAUUCACCUGGGAACAUUUAGGACCCAACUUCAGGGCUGCAAAGGAUACUCGGACAACCUCAAGCAUCGCAAUGGUAAUGGUAACUUGUUCAUGUUGGAGCUGCGAAUGGGAUGGAAUUGUGUAAGUUUUGGAAGGAAAAAGGCAGAACCACUAUAUGAUGAAGACAAAUAUUUGGGAAUUGAAGAGCAGCAAUAUGAAUGUAAUAAAGAUGAAGACACUUGCAGUGAUUUUCAGUCCUUUCAGAAGCACGAAGUAAGAAAGACUGGAGAGAGACCUUGUCAAUAUGGGCAAUAUGGGGAGAACAGUUCUGACUUUAGUGAACGAAGUCCCCAUGGGCAGAAAAUUUUGUAG